UCUAUUCGAAAAAUCCUUUUCGGAUUCUUUUUUUUGAGAACCAAAUAAGCCGGCAGUAGGAUGUAAUUAACAAUUAAUCAAUAAUUAAAGAUUUAAUCACUUGGUUUACUCCACUAUCUCUCUCAUUUCAACUUCGCAAACAUCCACAAAAAAAAUCUCAGCUUCUUUUUCCGCAAAUCAACCAUGGAUCCAAACCCUAAGAAUUUCCCGAUCCUCUCCUACGUCAUGACCAAGCUCCCCACCUUCAAGCGCACCUCAUCCACCGCUGCCUCCGCCUCCGCCGCCGCCGAUUUCGAUAUCGAGAACCCGCCGGUGCUGGACUUCUCCCCCGACGAGCCUCACUUCGAGAUCACAGAGAGGAUGCCGUAUCUGAGGAACCGCAAGCUCAUAGCCGCCAUGCGCCACACCGUCAGCGACGUCGCGCAGACCCGAUCCGCGCUGCGGAUCCUCGGGACUCGGCCCGAUCACGAGGCGGUCGACCGGGCGCGGCUGAGGCUGGCUGAGAUCGAGGCGAACACUUCGAUGAGUCCGGGGAAGAAGAACGAGGAUUACGAGAUUUAUAAGGCGGUCAUUGAUCUGGACGAGAUGCACGAAAAGUAUGGGAAGAUGCUCAGCGACGCGGAGCGGAGGUUGGAGAAGAUUUAUGAGGCGGCGGUGGCGGGGGAGGAGCUAAGUGAGGAGGAAGGCGGCGAGGGGAAGGAAUUGGAGGAGGGUGAAUUGAAUGAGGAAGUGAUGGGGAUUUUGAAGGAUGCGGAGUCGGGGAAAGUGAUUCAGAAUGUUGAAUUGUCAGGAAGAAAGCUGAGGAUCUUCCCGGAGGCGUUUUGGAGGUUGAAUUCAUUGGUUUCGCUGGAUUUGUCGAAUAACCAGAUCGAGGCACUUCCUGAUUCGAUUGCUGGACUGGAAAAUCUUGACACUCUCAACCUUUCAGAAAACCUUUUGGAGUUGUUACCUGAUACCAUUGGCCUGUUGUUUAAGUUGCGAAUCUUGAAUGUUUCUAGAAACAAGCUGCAUGCCCUGCCCGACAGCAUUUCUCACUGCAGGUCGUUGGAGGAGUUGGAUGCGAGUUUCAACAAACUUACGUACCUACCGACCAAUAUUGGUUUUGAACUUGUUAAUCUCAGACGGCUCUCAGUAAACCUGAACAAGAUCCGUUCUCUGCCUACAUCUAUUGGUGAGAUGAAGUCUUUGCAGUUUCUGGACUUGCACUUCAACGAGCUUGGUGGUAUUCCUCAUACAAUUGGGAAACUUACAAAUCUUGAGAUUCUGAAUCUCAGUAGCAACUUCAGUGACCUGACUGAACUUCCUGAGACAAUUUCUGACCUUAUCAGCCUCAAGGAACUUGAUCUGAGCAACAACCAGAUUCAUGCAUUGCCCGACAACUUUGGCCGGCUCAUAAAUUUGGCUAAGCUUAACGUAGAGCACAACCCUCUCACGAUACCUCCAAGGGAGAUUGUGUCUGGAGGAGUUGUAGCUAUCAAGGCUUAUAUGGCCAGAAGGUGGGCUGAUAUACUGCUGGAGGAGCAGCAUAAGAGCAUGAAUCAACUGCAGGAGCAACCACAGGCCAGUUUAUUUACUCGAAGCACCUCCUGGUUGAGUGAUGUCGUUUCAAAUGUUUCGGGAUACUUUGUAAGCACGGGAAAAUCGAACGAGGACCCUUACCUGAACCAGCAGCUGUAGCUUCAUAUUCCAGAUACGCCGUACGCCUCUAAUUUCCAUAGUCAUAAAGACAGAGAAAAACAGAGCAUCCCAACUGCUUUCUUUUUUUUAAUUUUGAAGACAUUGAAAAUACAUUUGCUAUGCUGGCCUUGUUAUUAGACUCUGAUCUGUUCAAAAGUUGCCUUUUCCAA